CCUCAUUCUGCAGCUGGUGCCAGAACGUUCCAUCUUCCACUGAAAGAAAAUGUCCAUCCAAGUGGAGCAUCCUGCUGGCGGCUACAAGAAGCUGUUCGAAACUGUGGAGGAACUCUCCUCGCCACUCACAGCUCAUGUUACAGGCAGGAUCCCCCUCUGGCUCACCGGCAGUCUCCUUCGAUGUGGCCCAGGACUCUUUGAAGUGGGGUCUGAGCCAUUUUACCACCUGUUUGACGGGCAAGCCCUCCUGCACAAGUUCGACUUUAAAGAAGGACAUGUCACAUACCAUAGAAGGUUCAUCCGCACUGAUGCUUACGUACGGGCAAUGACCGAGAAAAGGAUCGUCAUAACAGAAUUCGGUACCUGUGCUUUCCCAGAUCCCUGCAAGAACAUAUUUUCCAGGUUUUUUUCUUACUUUAGAGGAGUAGAGGUUACUGACAAUGCCCUUGUUAAUAUCUACCCAGUGGGGGAGGAUUACUAUGCCUGCACAGAGACCAACUUCAUCACGAAGAUUAAUCCCGAGACCCUGGAGACGAUUAAGCAGGUUGAUCUUUGCAACUAUGUCUCUGUCAACGGGGCCACAGCUCACCCCCACAUUGAAAGUGAUGGAACUGUUUAUAACAUUGGUAAUUGCUUUGGGAAAAAUUUUUCAAUUGCCUACAAUAUUGUAAAGAUCCCUCCGCUACAAGCAGACAAGGAAGAUCCAAUAAGCAAGUCAGAGAUCGUUGUACAAUUCCCCUGCAGUGACCGAUUCAAGCCAUCUUACGUCCAUAGUUUUGGUUUGACUCCCAACUACAUUGUUUUUGUGGAGACACCAGUCAAAAUUAACCUGUUCAAGUUCCUUUCUUCAUGGACUCUUUGGGGCACCAACUACAUGGAUUGCUUUGAGUCCAGUGAAACCAUGGGGGUUUGGCUUCAUAUUGCUGACAAAAAAAAAAGAAAGUAUCUCAAUCACAAAUACAGGACGUCUCCUUUUAACCUUUUCCAUCACAUCAACACCUACGAAGACGAGGAGUUUCUGAUUGUCGAUCUCUGUUGCUGGAAAGGGUUUGAAUUUGUUUAUAACUACUUAUAUUUAGCCAAUUUACGUGAGAACUGGGAAGAGGUGAAGAAAAAUGCCAGAAAGGCCCCCCAGCCUGAAGUCAGGAGAUAUGUGCUCCCUUUGACUAUUGACAAGGCUGACACAGGCAAGAAUUUAGUCACACUCCCCAACACAACUGCCACUGCAAUUCUGUGCAGCGACGAGACCAUCUGGCUGGAACCUGAGGUUCUCUUUUCAGGGCCUCGCCAAGCAUUUGAGUUUCCUCAGAUCAAUUACCAGAAGUAUGGUGGGAAACCUUAUACUUACGCAUAUGGACUUGGCUUGAAUCACUUUGUUCCAGACAGGCUCUGUAAGUUGAAUGUCAAAACUAAAGAAAAUUGGGUAUGGCAAGAAGCUGAUUCAUAUCCAUCAGAACCCAUCUUUGUUGCUCACCCAGAUGCCUUGGAGGAAGAUGAUGGUGUGGUUCUGAGUGUGGUGGUGAGUCCCGGAGCAGGACAAAAGCCCGCUUACCUCCUGAUUCUGAAUGCCAAGGACCUGAGUGAAAUUGCCAGGGCUGAAGUGGAGAUCAACAUCCCUGUCACCUUUCAUGGACUGUUCAAAAAAUCCUGAGCACAUUCUAGCAAGACAUGUUUCUGAUGACAAAACCAAGAAAAACACAGUCAGGUCUGCUGUCUGGGUCUGUUCAGUGUUAGCCUGAUAUCUUAUAUGGUUUUAACUUGCAUAUGCACACUGUUUAGCAAUGUUUUACAGAAAGCACAGAACUGAGCAAGCAAUUCCUUCUAAAAUAAAGUAUGUGUUUAGAAAAUCAGACUUUCUCUGUGAGGCAGACCAUAACCAAAAAACUCCUUAUAUAGUUAGCAAUCAAAUAGAACAUGAAUGAGCAUUUAUUAAACUUUUUUAUUCCUAUUA